AUGUCUUGCCACUGGACAAAGAUAGGAAGGGACGAGAGAGCGGCCCAGGCCAUAGGGUCGCUCUCUACUGGAAAGAAGCAGCAGAAGAGUUUGGCAGCCCCCUGGCAAACCGGGGUUGGUGGGGAUCCCACACAGCGGUCGAACAAAAAAGAAGCAAGUGAAGGUACUCAACCUUGGCACGUGGAACGUGUGAACUCUGCUGGACAAACCAACGCAGACAGACCUGAAAAGAGAACUGCACUAGUUCCCAAAGAACUAGCUCGCUACAACGUCGACAUAGCAACCCUAAGCGAAACACGCUUUGCAGACAAAAGCCAACUCACAGAGCAUGGUGGCGGGUAUAUCUUCUUCUGGAGCGGACGAAGCACGCAGAGUGUGAAGCUGAUCAGUGCCUAUGCUCCAACAAUGACCAACCCAGAGGACAUCAAAGAUAAGUUCUAUGAAGAACUAGACGCCCUCAUUGCAGCAGUCCCACAAUCAGAGAAGCUCUUCAUCCUCGGGAACUUCAAUGCCAGAGUGGGGACAGAUCAGCAAACCUGCUGUGUCUUCAUUGGAAGACACGGCACCGGCAGGUGCAACAGCAACGGCCUUCUGCUCCUCAAGUUCUGUGCAACCCAUGACCUCACCCUCACCAACACGCUGUUCCGGCUCCCCACCCGUAACAAGACAACUUGGAUGCACCCACACUCCAGGCAUUGGCAUCUAAUUGACUAUGUCAGCACCAGGAAAAGGGACGUACAGGACCUGAAAAACAGCAACAUUGCACUUGAAUUUGCCAGGGACCUUGACAACAGGCUGCCAGACACACCCCGGGAUGAACAGGACAGCACCGAGGAACAGUGGACAGCAUUCAGAGAAGUGGUGUACUCCACAGCCCUUGAACACCUGGGACCAGCAACCCGCAAACACCAGGACUGGUUCGAUGAGAACGAUGUGGAGAUACAGGCACUCCUGUCAGAGAAACACCAGCUGUUCAGAGCGCAUCAGAACGACCUCCAUCACAAGCAAAGAAAGACGCCUUUGCUUGUGCAAAAAGCAAGACUGUACGGACCUCAAUCCACCGGCUCCUUCCCCCUCCUCACUGCAGAUGGGAUGCAGCUGCUGACAGAGAAGAAGCAGAUCCUGGACAGGUGGGCUAAACACUUCAUCCAGGUCCUGAACCGCCCUGCCACGAUCAACAACGAAGCCAUCGCCCGCCUACCUCAAGUGGAGAUCAACAGGGAUCUCGACAAUCCCCCCACAGAAGUCAGAAAGGCCGUCAAACAACUUUCCUGUGGCAAAGCACGAGGAUCAGACGCAAUUCCUGCAGAGGUAUACAAAGCAGGCGGACCAGUCCUGAUGCAGAAACUGACAGAACUCUUCCAGUCCAUGUGGAGUGAAGGAAAGGUCCCACAACAGCUGAAAGAUGCCACUAUGGUCCACAUCUACAAGAGGAAAGGCAACCGCAAGUCCUGCGACAACCACCGAGGCAUCUCUCUUCUGUCCAUAGCUGGGAAGAUCCUGGCUCGCGACCUGCUCAACCGUCUCCUUCAGCAUCUUGAGCAGGGUCACCUUCCAGAAAGAAAAAUGCCAAGAGCAGCACAGUGA